AUGAGCGACCUGGACAAAGCCAUCGCACAACUCCGCGCAUGUCGACCGAUACCAGAAGCACAGGUGCGGGAGCUAUGCUACAAGGCGCGAGAGCUGCUGAUAGAGGAGGGAAACGUGGUGGGCGUUGAUGCGCCGGUAACAAUAUGUGGCGACAUACACGGCCAGUUCCAUGAUCUGAUGGAGCUCUUCCGCGUCGGCGGCGACGUACCGGACACCAACUACCUUUUCAUGGGCGACUUUGUCGACCGCGGCUUCUACUCGCUUGAGUCUUUCCUUUUGCUUCUUUGCUUGAAAGUACGAUACCCGGACCGAAUAACCCUUAUACGGGGGAAUCACGAGUCCAGACAGAUCACGACCGUUUAUGGAUUUUACGACGAAUGUCUGCGGAAAUACGGCAGCGCGAAUGUAUGGAGAUACUGCUGCGACGUCUUCGACUACCUAGCACUUGGCGCACUGGUCACAGGCGCAUCUACCAAGCUCGAAGCAACCGGCGCUGGAUUCGCCGAGUCAUAUCCGCAGAACAGCAUGCCAGCAGACGAUCUAGACAUUGAGAUCGAGAUCCUCAACUCCAACGGCGACAUCAUGAACCGCUUCCCUCGAAGCCAACCGCAAGCACCUUCCACACCCAAGCCUGAGCCGUCAAGCUCGCCCAUCCUGGGCACACCGGCGCGAACAGGCCCUGCAGGCACAGGCGCGUCCGGCUCGAGCUCCGGCUCGUUGUCUAACGACGGCGGCGCUGUCCUGUGCGUACAUGGAGGGUUGAGUCCGCUAAUAGACACAGUUGACAAGAUACGGUUGCUUGACCGCAAGCAGGAGGUGCCGCACGAAGGGGCGAUGUGCGAUCUGUUAUGGUCAGACCCGGAUGAGAUUGACGGCUGGGGCCUAUCACCGCGCGGAGCUGGUUUCCUCUUCGGCGCAGACAUCGUCAAGCAUUUCAACCACAAGAACGACAUCUCGCUGAUCGCGCGAGCUCACCAGCUUGUCAUGGAGGGCUUCAAGGAGAUGUUCGACAGCACGAUCGUCACAGUGUGGUCGGCGCCGAACUACUGCUAUCGGUGCGGCAACGUUGCCGCCAUCUUGGAGCUGGGUGAGGAUGGCAGUAAUGGCGGCUAUGUCGCGAGAAGCAACGGUGAUGCUGGGCGGAAAGCGGAGAGGGAGCCCAGGGGCGCUCCUGGAAGGAGGUAUCGGGUUUUCGAGGCUGCACCGCAGGAUUCAAGAGGUAUGCCGGCGAAGAAGCCGGUGGCGGACUACUUCUUGUAA